AUGGGUGCAGGUUGUUGCUGUUGUUCUAAGAAAAAUCAACGUAUAUCAUCUGAAUAUCGUUCAAUACCUCAAUAUACUCCAAUUGGCAUGAAAACAAAUGAUCCUCUAAUACUCAUUGAUGGUUAUCUUGAUGAACCAAUUCUGUCUCUCGAAGAAGCUCUUGAACCAUUCUAUGGUGAAAUUAAUCAUUUAUCUCAUUAUAUUAAAGAAGCUAAAACGCAAUGUCACUAUCCAUCAGAACAUAAUCUUACUCUUGAUGAAUCAGCUGCUAUCUAUAUCUAUACAAUGCAAUGGAAUGAUAGUUGUCUUUAUGAUCAUUUACAAACAGCAUUAAAUUCUAAUGAUCGAUCAACAAUCGAACCAUGGUUCGCAUAUCUCAAAUUAUUUAAAAAUGCACUCGAUAAAUUACCUACUGUAAAGGCGGAAGUUUGGCAAGGAGAACCAUUCGACGAAGAACUUAAAGAACAACUUAAUUCAAAGUCAUUACCAUUUUAUACUUCUCUGUGCUCAUGUUCACUGUCGAUCAAUGAAAUUAAAAAAUAUGGACAACAAACUAUGGGUAAAAAAAUAAUUCUUGUUGGUUACCAAUCUGUAAAUGGAAAACUGGUGACUGAUUAUACAGCUAAUGACUUAGACGAAGCGAUAGUUUGGCCAGGCAUAAAGCUGGGAAUAUCAAAAUAUAUUGUGACUGAUGCUUAUCAUUUAUGGGUUCUAAAUCCAGUAAGACAAAUCGAAUUUUCAAAAAUAGCAGCACAAGGUCAUCAAACAAUUGAUCAUAGAACAGCAACAUUGUUAUUAGGAAAACUUGGAUUUGAUGUAAAAAAUAGUCAAGUAUCCGAUUUAUUGAACGAUGUUGAUAUGCUAUCGGAUGGUUAUAUCGAUCAGGAUAGUAUGUUAUCCAUCUUAGAUAAGCUAUUGGAUAAUAGACCUGAACCUGAACCUGAACCUAUUCCAGUGAUCGAUAAUGAACCGGUAAAUAUGAAUUAA